CAAGUUUUCUUUUUGCAGAUGAAAAUUUUCAUGUGAAGAUUUUCGUUCAGAGUUAAACUACUAUUAAAAUAUUAAAUAAUUCAUAAAUGGCAUAUGAAAAAUACUUAAUAAAGUCUAUUUUUAAAUUGUGAAUAGUGAAAACCAUAAACUACUUGAAUAAAUACGUAUAAAAACUGUUUUUUCCAAAAGCAGCUAAGAGGAAAAGUGGAAUUAAUUAUAACAGGGCACCGGUGAGGUGUGCUCACACAGAAGAAGAACUUUGAAAGAAAAAAUUAGCUAGCGUGUGUAUGUGUUAAAACUAUUGUAAAAGAAAAGGAGGGAAGUGAAAAAAAUUGUUAGUUACUUUCAUGUUUAUUGGGCUACACAUUGUUUUUAAGAACUUAUAGACGAGUUUUAAACAAUUGUUAGCAAAUAUGGCUGACGGCGUGGUGUUAGAUCUCUACGCCGAAGAUUUGGAUAAAGAUUUUUCUGCCCAAAAUCAGGAUGAAUUUGCUGCCGAGGGUGUAGAUUUGUAUGAUGAUAUAGGCGCCCCACCGGAAACAACAACUGGCACUGCAGCCGUAACUGUUGGUGGUGAAAGUCCCAGCCAGGCUGGUAGUGGCGCCGAUGAGGCCGGUACAGCCGGCUCAAAUGGAGUUUACCAUCAAGGCAGUGGUAGUUUGGCUCCUAAUCAAGUGGGACGUCGUUUUCAACUUUAUGUUGGCAAUUUAACAUGGUGGAGCACCGAUCAAGACAUUGCAAAUGUUAUGCGUGAUAUUGGUGUUACCGAUUUCCAAGAAGUAAAAUUUUUCGAAAAUCGUGCAAAUGGCCAGUCGAAAGGCUUUUGUGUUGUAUCCUUAGGCUCGGAGGCUAGUUUACGUUUGGUUUUAGAACGUUUACCCAAAAAGGAAUUACAUGGCCAGGCGCCAGUUGUUACAUAUCCAACAAAGCAAGCCUUAAAUCAAUUUGAGAGUCUACAAAAAACACGACCCGUACCACCACCACAACAAAAUGGACCACCACGCGGUCCAACACCCGGCGGCCCACUGAUGCCCGGAGGUCCCAUGCCACCACAUCCUGGAGCACCUCAAGGCGUACCACCUGGUCACCAGCCACGUUUAAUGAACCCGAAUAUGCCACCAGGACAAUUUCGACCACAGCAUAUGCCUCCCUUGGGACCACCAGUUGGUCCAAAUUCUGGAUCAUCUCGCAUGCAGUUUAACUCCACAAAUUCUAUCACUUUCAUCUCCCACAACAAAAACCAUCAACAGCAACCACCCAUGCACCAAGGACCACCAAUGGUACCGCAACAAGGUAUGCAAGGUCCUCCACGCUUUGGGCAGCAACAACCGCAAUGGCCUGGACAACCACGGCCUAAUGGACCAAGACCGGGACCAUUAAAUGGACCACCACAACGGCCACAAAUGUUCCAGGGACCACCAGGUGGUAUGCCCAUGCGUGGCCCUCGUCCCGAUUGGAGGCCACCUAUGCAUGGUGGCUUUCCACCUCAAGGUCCACCCGGUGGCCCACCACAGGGACCACCCCAUAUGCAAGGACCUCCUAGAGGUCCUCCAGGUGGUCCACCUCAAAUGGGUGGUCCAGGUGGCCCGCCUCCUGGUGGACCUCAUGGCGGACCAGGCGGUCCUGCUCCUCAUGUCAAUCCAGCAUUCUUCAAUCAACCUGGUGGAGGACCACCACAACAUCCGGGUGGACCACCAAUGGCAGGUGGUCCGCCACAUGGACCUCCCGGUCCAGGUCCUCAGCAAGGUAUGAAUAUGCCUCCACAACAUGGCCCACCACCUCACUUCGCCCAACAAGGAGCACCACGUGGUCCUUGGCCGGGUCCGCCAGGGCCUGUCAAACCUCAAGGUCCUUUCCCCGAUCAAGCCGCCCUAGGGCCACAACUGAGCGAAGCUGAAUUUGAAGAAAUCAUGGGUCGCAAUCGCACUGUCAGCAGUUCGGCCAUUGCUCGUGCCGUCUCCGAUGCAGCCGCCGGCGAAUAUUCCAGUGCUAUUGAAACUUUAGUUACAGCAAUCUCACUGAUUAAACAAUCGAAAGUGGCACAUGAUGAACGUUGCAAGAUUUUAAUAAGUUCCCUACAGGAUACUUUGCAUGGCAUUGAAACAAAGAGUUACAACAGACGGGAACGCUCUCGAUCCCGCGAGCGAUCUCAUCGCCAAAGGCCGCGCCGCGAGAGAUCAUCAUCAAGAUAUCGUGAAAGAUCACGAGAAAGAGAACGUGACCGUGAAAGAGAUCGUGAUCGUGAUGCCGGUUAUCGUGAACGUAGCAGAAGUCGCGAACGUGAACGUCCUAGCACUAAUGAUCACUACAGAGAUGAUAGCUCCAGCCGAUCUGCUCGCGCACGCAAAUCACCCGAACAGCCAAGCGGAGAUCCCAGUAAUGAGGCACCCUCAAAACGAGGUUACUACGAAGAACGUUACCGAGGUUCAGAUCGUGAGAGAGAACGCGACCGUGAUCGUGAUCGCGAGCGUGAUCGUGACCGUGAUCGCGAGCGUGAACGUGAUAGAGAACAUCGUUCAAGGCAUUAGAAAUACAUGCAACAAGACACACAAACAACAACAAAAAAUUUCUUAGAUGUAACAUAAAUAUUCUUCAUUCACCAACAACACUAUAUGAAAGGGAAAUUAACAACAAAACUACAAUGAAAUACAACAAAACAGUCAUUUCAAUUCGUUUUAUUUAAUGUAUAAUUGAAAUUAUUUCAACAUAAUUGAUACUAUACAUACAAAAAAGUCAAACGAAGAUUAGAAUUUAAAAUAAUGAUUGGAUAGCUACCAUCAACAACUGAAAUGUUGAGAAAUGCUUAAAAUUAAUAACAAAAUUUGUAAAAUGUUUUCAAUAAUAACAAUAACAAUAAUAAUUAAUAAUUCAACUGGACGUAGAGAACAGGAUACAAUUUAUAACAAGAAAUGUGUACACAAGAACAACAAGAGCAAACAUGGUCUUCAAAAUAUUUAAAACAACAAUACCACUAAAAACUACAAAUCUGGCCUUUUGUAAUGGAUUAAUAUUCGUGGAGACUAUUACGACGGCUUAUUCUUAUUUCUUCUCAUUAUUAUUAUUAUCUACAUAUAAACACACACACCUAGUUUGUAAAUUGAUAUUUCAGUUUAUUAAUAAAACAAAAAGAAAAUAUAUAAUAUUAUCAAUUUAAAAAAAGUCUUAAAAAGCUAAAAAAAAAUUAAACAAAAUUACUUAAAA